AUGGAAAACAUCGGAGGUGUCCUUUCAGCGUGGAAAAAGAAGAAGAAACGGUUGCGGAUCGGAAAAAACGGCAAAAAAUGUACGUAGAAACAGUAAACAAAUAGUGUGUGAGAUAUUGAUAUCAUCGGAUAGAGCGUGAAAAGUUAUAGACAAGUCCAGCACGUCAUUGCUCCCAGAAAUCGCUUUUAGGGCCAGAUUUGAAGCCUCAAAGUACCUCGCCUUACUUUUCUAUUUGCUUUGUAAUUACUGUUUAAAAAGAUGCUCAGAACUCGGAAAUAACACAGCGAAAAAGUGAAGCAAAGUACGUUUGAGGCCUAAAAUCUGGUCAUAAAAGUGAUUUUUGGGAAACAAUGAUGUACUGGACUCGUGUGGAACGUUCUAUGUCACACACGAAUUUUUAGUGACAGGCCUGUUCUUUAAAGAAGAAAAUUCCAGUGAAAAUGCGCCAAAAAUCGAAAAAACCGGUGAAAAACGGUGAGAUCAACGGGACAAAUGGCCGAAAAUCCGGUGGACAAGAGGCGAAUUUAUUGGAGUUUCGAACGAAGAAAAAGCUGAAAAAAAAGAUGAGAUUGGUGCGGAAAUUGGACAAUUCGACAGUCUUGACGGUCACCGAAACGGGCGAGGAACGCACGAUCAAACUGAUCAACGGCGGCAUUGCGAUGUGGAAAAAAAAGGAGAAAACGGCGGACGAAGCAGCGAUCAAAUCGCCAAAAUCUGCCACGUCAUCACCGUCUUCGUCAACGCUCAAAUUGUCGCCCGGAAAAAUGGUAAUUGAAGUGAAUUUGCAUUUUUAGAGUUGUUUUUCUUCAGGUCCCAAUUCCAGUCGGAAAAUCGCCGAAAUCGGCGCCAGCCAGCACAUUUUCAACGCCGAAAAAAGAAAAGAUUCAAAAUUCCAUCGAACGGUCCCGAAAAACGUCAGAAUCCACCAAAACACCAGAAAAAAAUGGUGAAAGGUUGAUUGAGAAUUUCGAAAAAUUCACACGGCCCCAACUGCCGAUUGAUAUUGUCGAACAACAAUUGAUGUACGAACUGGCCACCCAACAGACGCUCAUUAUCAUCGGAGAGACCGGAUCCGGAAAAUCGACACAAGUACCGCAGGUAUAAACUUUUCUCGGUAUUUUUAGGAGCAGACAUUCACCAGACAUGUUUCAUUGACUCGUUGAAAAAGCAGAAUAAUGUUUCAGUUGUGCGUCCGUGCGGGUCUCGCCGAAAACGGAGCGAUUGCGGUGACGGAGCCGCGGAGAGUGGCGGCAGUGUCCCUCGCGACCCGUGUCGCCCUCGAAAUGGGUACCAACAUUGCCGGAAAGGUCUACCAUUGGAAACGAUCCAUUUUUUUGAGCACAAAUGUUUACAGGUCGGAUAUCACGUUCGAUUUGAGAACGCGACGAGUCAGCACACAAAAAUCGAGUACAUGACGGAUGGAAUUGUGCUCAGGUUUCCCCUUUUUCACUUUUUUGCCGGGGAUGCGCGAAAUCUGGCCGGCAUCGGGAUUUUUUGUAACUUUAGUAACCUGCCAGAUCUCGGCGAUCGGUGGCUCCGACGCUCGGCUUCGUGUGCCGCCGCCCACAUCUGAAAAAAAUUGUUUGAAAGUUUAAAACCCUUUUUUUUUCAGAAAAGCCCUAAUUCGGCCACUUUUGGAGCAAUACUCGACGGUAAUAAUCGACGAGGCGCACGAACGGAGUCUCCACUCGGACGUGCUCAUGUGCAUUCUGAAAAAGUGUCAGGAGCAGCGGAAAGACACUGAAACCCCGCUCAGAUUGAUUAUUAUGUCCGCCACGUUACAGGUUUUCAUUAUCGAUUUGAAAAGACAAAGAUUAAUAGUAUAAGGUCGAACCUGUUUUUGAAUAUAAAAACUUGCACGGUGAGAUGAAGCGGUUGUGCUGCAAGUGCGCGCGAAACUAGCGAUUUUUGCAGCGAAAUUCAAGGUUUAUUUUCGCGAAUACGCUUCAGCACGCCGUGACAUUUCCGUUUCAAAAUACCCUUUUACACUUUGAGAACUAAUGAGGUUCAGUCGAUUGAUAAAUUUACUCGAAAUUAAAAAAAAAAUCUGAAAGACCAGGGAACCCUCCGAGUACAUGUGUCUAUCUUCUGAAUAGCCUCUUAUUGCCACAUUCACUGUCCCAGUCCCAGCUCUCAAAAAUGCGUGUUAAUGGGAUCUCUUCCGGGUUUUUUUUGCAUUCGGCACAAUCCUCAGACAAAAACGACUAUAUUUGCAGGCCGACAAAUUCAAAUCGUACUUUAACAACGCAAAAGUGGUGCUGGUGGCCGGCCGAACAUUUCCUAUUGAGGUGAAUAGUUUUUCCCAUUUAUAUUAGCUUUACAAGCUUGCUCCCCGGCUCGCAUAUCUAUUCGCUCGGCCUUGGACCUCGAUGAUCGCAUGUCAACGCGAAGAGCAGCAGAUUUCUUUCUAUUGUGAUGAGCGGACAUCCAAAAAGACAAACAGACAGACAGACGUCUCUUGUUUUUUAUAUAUAAUAAGAAAGAUUUCUCAAUUCUGGUCUCAUACUUUAGUUAUUUUCAGGUGAUGCACAUUGAGCCAAAACGUGACAAAUCGUUUUCGGCCACCGAUUACAUCUACAAUACGGUCGUGUGCGUCAAACAUUUGCAUUUGACCGAGCCGAAAGGGUAAGGAAUUGGAGAAUUGAGCCUAUCGAAAAUCAAGUACAAUUAGCAAGUGUUCAGGCACGAUAUUCUGGUAUUUCUGACGGGCAGCGAGGAAAUCGAGUCGGUGGCGGGGCAGCUCGCCGAGCUCAACGCCUUCUUCCCCGCUUCGGCGGACGUUCUCAUGCCGGUGCCACUCUACGCGGCUCUGCGGCCCGAAAAACAGAAGGAGGCGUUCCGUAAAACACCACAGGUACGGUUUUUUUUAAGCAUUUUUCCUGAUUUCCUGAUUUUGGAGUGAUUUUGUACAUACAUUUAAUUAUCAAAGAACAUUUGGAACUGAACUUGUGCAAAACAAAUUUUUAAUUGUUUCAGGGCGCCCGAAAAGUGAUCAUUUCGACAAAUAUCGCCGAGACGUCGGUCACGAUUCCCGGAAUUCGGAUCGUCGUCGAUUCUGGAAAAGUGAAGACAAAGUCAGUUUAUUUUUUACGCGGCCUGAGCGGAAUAGUGCUUGAAACGGAAAAAAAACACAAUUUUCCAGACGCUACGACGCAUCGGAUCGAAUCGACGUGCUCAAAGUGCACAAUGUGAGCAAGGCGCAGGCGAAACAGAGGGCCGGAAGAGCCGGAAGAGAUGCGCCCGGAAAGUGCUACAGGUCGGUGCAAGAAUACGAUUUUUCGCGACUUUUUCAGUCGACAAAUGUUCUAUUUGAAAGUUGGUUUACGAGCGAAAACGAGCCUAGAACGUAGUGUACUUUUCCACCUUUUCUACCUUAUCAAUCUUUUCGCCUCUCGCAUUUUUUAUCGCUGGAAAUAUUGGCGCUUUUGUUGGUUUCCCACAAACUGAAAUUCCGCGCAUUUUUUCUGCUGAAAACCCAGGCGAAACAAUGAUGUUUUUGAAAAAGUUUUUGAAGAGGUGAGUUUUGUUUUCACUUAUCAAAACGCUUGCCAAUGUUUUUUAAUUAAAAAUGUGUUUGUGUUCCAGACUGUACUCGCGUGAGGACUUCAAAAAUUUCGAGGCCGAAAACAUGCCGGAGAUCCUUCGCUGCAACCUUUCCGCCACUUUUCUCGAAUUGAUAAAGCUCGGAAUGAAGAAUCCGCACAAAUUGGCGCUCAUCGACCGUCCAGAGCCCAAGAAUAUCGACGCCGCACUUUUGGAGCUCACGGUGAACUUUUUUUGGAGUUUUUACUUAAGUGUUGCCAAAGAAUCGAAUAGCAAAGCUCCAAGAAUUUGUGGAAAACAAUAAAAUGAAUGUUGUUUUGCAGUCGCUCGGAGCAAUCCGUCCGGUCAGUUUGCAACGCAGCUUGUUCGUGCUGACCGACAUCGGAAACGUCUUCUGCAUGUAUCCAUUACCGCCCGAUCACGCCAGGUACGCUUUUUUCCGUAUGCAUGGACCCUUUUUGUGUCCCAGUUUGUCUAGAUUUGUAGGUAGCUUAGCUAGCUUUGAAACAUGUAAAAACCAACUGUUUCAAAAAAUUGCAGAAUACUGUACACGGCUCAAAAGGAGGGCUGCAUAAUGGAGGCGAUAAAAAUCGUGGCGGCGAUGCAGACGGACGCCCUCUUCUCGGGCGCGCACAGCGAUUCGCAGAGCGAGGCCGAAGUGGAGAGGGCGCGGAAACGGUUCGAGACGCGCGAGGGCGAUCAUCUCAGCCUGCUCAACCUCGUCCUCGCCUCCAACGUCUUUUUUGAACAGGUUUGAACGCCCUUCUUUUUGUUUUGGAAAUUUUUAGGGUUUUUUUGAAAUGGAGUACUGAAAGUGGCUCAAAACUACUCAAUAUCAAUAAAUACGAAGCAUGCAGAGUUUUUUUGCUAGCCGACGUUUCGCAACUCUUUGUUUUGAAACCGCAACGUGUCGAUCGAUACCCACGUGAACUUUGACAGUAAAGUAGUUCACGUUUGUUGCGAAGUGUCGCGGUUUCGAAACGUCUCUUAGAAUGUUUGUUUGCAGCUGAACAAAAAGACGCAAACGGACGAGAGAUUCGGAAAAGGCACUAGAACGCUGGAGAAAGAGUACAACUCGGCGAUCAGGGUAAGUCUUCUUUUUCCAAAUUAAAACAUGAACUGUUUUUUCGAUGUGCCACUUUCAGAAGUACUGUAACGACAAUAUGAUCAACGAGCAACACCUCAAAACGGCGUCGUUAAUCGAAGAACAACUGAAAGAGAUUGCGAUCGAACAGAAAGUGCCCUUCUCCACGUGCGGAGCCGAUUUUACCAAGUUGAGGUGAGAUUUGGAAUUGUUUUAAGACAUUAUUUCUAGGAAAUCAAGUAUUGAUGAAAGAGUAAAAUGUUUAUUUCAACACUAUUUUUUACAGUUUCACGAGCGCACGCGAUCUUUUUCACUUCUUGUCCCGCCGCACUCUAGCCGAGAGAGAGAGAGUGUGUGUGCGGCAAGAGGUGAAAAUGCACAACCGCCGUCCAACUCUGCUCUCAACAAUCUUAUUGCUCAUUUGUUUUUUUCUUCUUUUAAACGAAAAUUUUGCAGAAAAUGUCUGGCACAGGGACUGUUUCUGAACAGUUGCGAAUAUAAUCGACAAGAGGAUCGAUAUCAACUGAUGAUCAAUCCGGCGAUCACCAUGAAAAUUCACCCGUCUUCCGUGCUUUCCAGAGUAAUUUUUCAGCUUUUUUAGAAAAAAGGCUUGCCGAGGCCUGCCGACUUUUGGCCACCCACUUUCAAGGAUCCGAUCGGGCCCACACUUUGCAGGCUAUUUGGUCUUGGAUGGAAGUAUGUUGGGUCCAAGCUUCAGACCGAUCCGAUCAUCCGAUCCAUUUAUCUCGGGACCGGAUACUCGGAUCGGGCUGAAACUCGGGCCCAGCAUAUUUCAAUCCAAGUCCAAGAAGCCUGCAAAGUUCGGGUCCGAUCGGAUGAUUGCAAAUGGGUCAAAAGUCCAGGCCUCGGCAAGCCUUCAAAAAGCCUGGGCCAAAUUUACCCAGUUCUCUGAAAUUGUUCAGAUAAAUCAAUAUUUUUUGCAGUCUAAACCCGCCUACAUUGUGUUCUCGGAGCUGAUGAAAACCAAUGAUCUCUAUGCUUUGUGAGUUUUGAGCCGUUCCUCCUCGAAAAGUGUAAAGUCGUGGGGUGGGGUAUACUUUUUACGCUGCCAAAAUUUCGAUUUUCCGACUGGGCCGCCGUAAAUUUUGUGCAGUUUUCAUGGAAUCUUGCACCCCGGGCGGUCAUUUUAAAUUCUGAAUCGAAUGGCAUUCGCCGUUUUUUUGAUAGAACUCUUCUAGUUCUUCUAAGCGCACUGUAAAGCAUUUUCCCAAUAUAAUUUGUUUCAGACAAGUCUCGCUGAUCGACGGCGACUGGGUGCGUCCGCUGAUUGCGGAGCACAAGAAAAUGCGCAAAAACCACCUGGCGGAAAGUGCGCAACGUGUCCGUGAACAGGCACAUUUCGAGCCGAAAUGCAAAAAAUCGAGGCUGGAAGGAUCCUGUUAA